GCUGCAUUGUCCCACACAUCGUCCGGGUAAGGCACACCUCAGCCUGACUGUCCGUCGCACCAGUCCUCAGCUAGCCAGUCCGCCCCAUCGCUACUCAGGAUCGACCUUAUCUGCCUGCCCCCAAAAGAUCAGCCACGAGGUCACUCGCCGGCGAGUCACUCUACUCAGGCCAGCUAGCCCGGACCAGACGUCCCAGUUCCUCCAUUCAUUCUCAUCCAGGAAGCACAGGCGUGGACACGCUCCCCCAAGAUGGACAGCUACUUCUGGAAGAUCUCCGUUGUGCUGCUCACCAUUGUUGUGUGCCUUUUGCAAGAUGCUCAUAAUACAACAGUGAUUCCUUCGUGUAUCCCAGGAGAAUCAAAUGAAAAUUGCACAGCUUUGGUUCAAAUGGAAAAUAAUCCUCGAGUUGCUCAGGUAGCAAUUACAAAAUGCGGAGAGGACAUGCAAGGCUACUGUUUACAUGGGCAAUGCAUCUACGUGGUGGAUAUGAGUCAACACUUCUGCAGGUGUGAAGUGGGCUACACAGGCAGCCGGUGUGAGCAUUUUUUGCUAACUGUUCAAAAACCCUUAAGCAAAGAAUACGUGGUGCUGACUGUCAUCCUUGUUCUUCUGUUCCUGAUCAUCAUGGCUGGUUCUAUAUAUUACUUCCUCAGGUGGUAUAAAAACAGAAAAAGCAAAGAAUCAAAAAAGGAAUACGAAAGGGUGACUUUGAAUGAUGAAAGGAACUCAACAUUGCUACAAGUCUGAAAGAAGCAAAUGGCACAUGCCCUACUACCUGCCU